AACCAACCAAAUAAUAGUAUUUAGGGUUUCAAAAGAAAGAAAGAAAAAAGAAGAAACGAAAAGAAAACGGAAAGAAUGGGAAAAAGAGAAACGGGCAGUUUCAGACUACAGGUCAAGGGCACCUUUGGUUUCCUUCAUUCAAUGUAUUACACUUUUAAACCUAUAUCCCCCAUUUCUCUUUUUUCUUUCCUACGUUUCUCAAUGUAUCCACUUCCCCAACUCCAUUUCUGAAACACCCCUUGGCCCUUUCUUUCUUUCUUUCUUUCUUUCUUUCUUUUCUCUCAGUUUUGAAUGCAUGGACAUCGAGUCUGCUUUCAAAUCCACCCCCAAACUUCUUUUCGAUGACUUUUGGUCUUCCAAUCUUCAAAACGCUUCAUCCCCAUCUUCCGACCACAUUUUCGUAGAUCAAUUCCUCAACUUUUCAGAUGAAGAACAGCAAGAAGAUGAAGAAAAAAACAACCAUUCCUCCGUUUCUCCUCCCCUUCAACUUCAACAAGUACAUCACGACACCGACCAAAAUUCCAACCACAGCUCCACCAAUUCCUCCGAAGAUGACUUUUGGUCUAUUACUUCAACAGAUUUUGAAGACCUUGACUGGCUCUCUCAUCUCGUUGCCGAUUCCACCCAAGAAGAAUACUCUGCCCCAACUCCCUCUGUUUUCUUGACACACAAACCUAGAAAUCCCCUUCCCAAUUUUCAUUCUUAUCUCAACACCCCAUUUCCUUCAAAACCCAGAACCAAGCGACCAAAGAUCUCCGCCCGAGUCUGGUCUUUAACGAAUUUAAUUCCAUCCCCGCUGCCGGCGAAGAAAUCAAAGAAGAAUCAUACAGACGAGGGCUCCGGGCGGGUCCAGGCGGGGCGCCGGUGCAGUCAUUGUGGCGUUCAAAAAACCCCCCAAUGGCGAGCCGGCCCACUUGGAGCAAAGAGUCUAUGUAAUGCAUGCGGUGUCCGGUUCAAAUCCGGACGGCUUUUUCCCGAAUAUAGACCGGCUUGUAGCCCGACGUUUUCGAACGAGCUUCACUCGAACCACCACCGGAAAGUACUGGAGAUGCGACGUAAAAAGGAAAGAGAGAGACCCCAGUCCGGCAUGGACUUAGUGUAAAAGGAACCCGGUUCAGAUAAAAAGGCAAUUAAGUUUUAGUGUAAAAAUGUCAUUUUCAGGGAGCCUUAUUAGGUGCGGUAGGUCAUCGGCACUUCUUUGUUGUUAUCAAUUUAAUUAGAAUACCUUUUAUUUAAUAUAUUUAAUUUAUCCGUUUCUUUUUGUUGAAAA